GCGUGUUUGAGACAUGCAACUGAAAACCCACUUUUUCAGUUCCUGCAAAUGGAACAACAAAUUUCGUUUAAAAUACUUUCAGAUUUUUUAAACUUUGGCUGAAUGCUUUUUAAGUUUUGCACUGCCUCAUGCUAAAAAUAGUUUAGAAUUGAAGAUGGCUAUUACUCCUUUCUGUAUUCAUGAAAGUCCUGUAAAAGAACUGCAUUAUUGUAUAGAAGGGGGGCUCCUAGAAGGGAGGGAGAAAAUCUGAAUGAAGUAAGUGGUGUAGAAAUAAAACCGCAAUAGCAUUCAGGAGAGCUUAGGAGGCAAAGUAUCAACAUGUGCUGGUCGCCUUUAUCUAAGAUCCCUCUGAAUCUAAACCAGAUCUGUGGGUUCAGAUUCCCCUGACUGCUCAGGGAUUUGGAAAUUACAUGGUUUGGGUAAAAAUGCAUGUGCGGAGUUGAAUUUUCCAAGUUUUCACUGGCUUUUGGCUUGCAGGAACUCUGCAAACAGACACUGUAAAAACUUUGGCAUGCUGUUGUUUGGCUCUUGCACACUAGUGAUCUGUUCACGUUGACCAUAAAAUAAUGACUAGAAGCCUAACCUGCAACUUAAGCUGUUGAAGUAACUUCUGGAAGGUUUUGUUUCCUUCUCUUUCCCCCACCCCUUAAGACAAAAUGUCUUAAGGGAUUUGUUUGCAAUCUGCUAGCUGAAGCUCUGAGGCAAGUUUGCCAGAUCUGGGGCUGCAUCAUCAUUCUACACAUCUGGAAGUGGUUUAUGGGCUCUCAUUCCUCCAGUGCAGUGUCUGGACCCUGUGCUAUUCCUCAGCAGCAGAGAGAGAAAACCAGCACAACUCCAAAGUAAACUUUGAAGAGUCUGAAAAAGGAACUGAAUCUUAAAACUGUUACAGUGCCCUGUAAGGCCCUUGUGCGGGGGACUUCAAAGGAGGUUGAUGGUCAAGAAAGCUUUGGCAAGAGUGCUUACAUCUGUGGGCUAUUUAGGAUCCCAGUAAAUAGCUCUACAGCUCUUCAGGAGAGAGGAGUCCCGAAUACUGUGCUGCUUUGAAGAGAUCACAGUUCUCAUCCAACAGGACACAUGGCUCUUUUAAAGAAAAUUAACCAGAUCUUACUGUUACUUCUUGUCUUAACUGUAUGCGCCAUUCUGUAUAAUAAAGUUCACCAAGUGCCAUCUGCAUUAAAGAAUGAAACAGUUGAUUUGGAAAGUCCAGAGGAAAUGGAAGAAGAAAUCCCAGUUGUAAUCUGCGCUGCUGCGGGCAGAAUGGGGGCAGCUGUAGCAGCAAUCAGUAGCAUCUACAGCAACACAGAGGCUAAUGUUUUGUUCUACAUAGUUGGGCUGAAGACUACCAUCCCACAUAUUCGAAGAUGGAUUGAAAAUUCUAAACUGAAAGAAAUAAAAUUUAAGGUUGUGGAAUUCAACCCUAUGGUACUAAAAGGAAAAAUCAGACAAGAUGCAUCACGUCCAGAGCUAUUGCAGCCUCUCAACUUUGUUCGAUUUUAUCUUCCUUUGCUUAUCCAGAAGCAUGAGAAAGUCAUAUAUUUGGAUGAUGAUAUCAUUGUUCAAGGUGACAUCCAGGAACUGUACGAUACUAAGCUGGCUCCUGGACAUGCUGCAGCUUUUUCAGAUGACUGUGGUCUGCCUUCCACACAUGAAAUGGUUAGAAGUGUAGGGAUGCAGAACACAUACAUGGGAUUCCUGGACUACAGAAAGCAAGCUAUUAGAGAUCUUGGCAUCAGUCCCAGCACCUGCUCCUUUAAUCCUGGAGUAAUUGUUGCUAACAUGACCGAAUGGAAACAUCAACGGAUUACAAAGCAAUUGGAAAAGUGGAUGCAAAGAAAUGUAGAGGAAAACCUCUACAGCAGCACCCUUGGGGGAGGUGUGGCAACCUCUCCAAUGCUGAUUGUGUUUCAUGGAAAGUAUUCCACUAUUAAUCCUAUGUGGCACAUAAGGCAUCUUGGGUGGAGCCCUGAUGCCCAUUACUCAGAGCAUUUUCUUCAAGAAGCAAAAUUACUUCAUUGGAAUGGGAGAUACAAACCUUGGGAUUAUCCCAGUGUUCACACUGAUCUCUGGGAAAACUGGUUUAUUCCUGACCCAUCAGGGAAGUUCAAAUUAAUUCGGCCUGAUAGCUGAUAUGGAAACCACUGCACCGCACCCAGACGUUGGUUUGCAGUAUGUAAUAGUUUGAGAUGCAAGAUAUUGUGUAGUUCACUGAUUUUUUAGAAAGCUAAGGAUCUGUUCACUAGGUGAGUGACCAUCAGUUUUGUGUGCUUAUGGCUGGAGUGACAGACUUUCAUGUAAGGUGAGGAAACAAGUUUACUCCACAGUGAUGUAUUUUUAUUAAAUGUUUACAGAGGUGAAA